GCUGCGCAGGUUAUAGCCUCGGGACACUAAAUAUUCAAACCCCUUCACACAUCACCAGCUCACAUUAAACAGCAGGUCGGCCCUGGGUGCUGCUGGGAGAUGGAGGGUGUGUCUGGUCUGUGCCAGUGUGAGGGAGCUUGUUGUGGGACGGGAGCAGAACGGGUUUGUCUGCUAAACUUUCUCUUAAGGGUCAGCAGCACCUGUCGCCGCUCCGUUAGUUCAGAGGAGAUUGUGGGCUGUUGACUCGGCACCGGGACGAGGAAGAGGCAGAGAUGGCUGCGACUACUGCUCAGCCGAUGGGGAGCCUGCCCAGCGGACUGGGGAUCUGCACCACGGCCCCGGAUAUAUUCUACCUGCCUGAACUGGUGUUUGGUGGUUUGGUGUGGAUCCUGGUGGCGUCGACCAAGGUGGACCCACCGAACCCUCUUGGCUGGGUGAUGUUUGUCUCCGUCUUCUGCUUCGUCAUGACCUUCCUCUGGAUGAUCAUCUUCGCUGCUGGAGGUCAUAAGAACCACUCUGGCUGGGCUGCUGCUGACUUUGCUUACCACGGCCUGGCAGCGUUCUUCUACCUCAGUGCCGGGGUGGAUCUGGCUUACAUCACCUUCCAGAAGAAGGAUUUAGGCACCUCUAAAGACUACCAUAUCGACAUCGCUGCUGUGGUGUUCGCCUACGUGGCCACACUCCUCUACUUCAUCCACACCAUCCUCUCCUCCAUCCGAUGGAAAAACUUCUGAAGAGCGAAUCACAGACCUGAGUGUCCAAGAAGUAUACUGUGCAUCCUGUGUGUGUACGUAUGUGUGUGUGUGUGUGUGUGUACGUGUGUGUGUGUGUAUGGUAGAAUUACCCACAACUGACAUCAAGCUGGUCAGAUAUGAGGGUAUGAGAGUUUGCAAAUUUACUUUAAAUUUUCAAUAAUUUUCUACGUUUUUUGCGUUCUCCGUUCACCUCGGAGGCGUGUGAGAAACUGAUUUUAUGUAUUUGUUUUUAAUCUCAUCACAAAAUAUCAAGUCAAAUAGCAAAAGUCUCUUUAUGUAAUACAUAAAUCAUUGGCUAAGGACUAUAACUUAAAGAAAACUCACAAGUUUACUUGCGGUUAAAUCUAAUAAACUAGUAGUUUACUGAGAGUAUUUUUGUGUGUUGAGUUUACUUUCAUGAACUAUAAAGUGGGCUACAACUAUAUACUAGUAACUAGUAAACUAACAGCAUACCUAUAAGUUCACUUGUUGUAUAGUUUACUUCAUAAUAUAGUUGCAGUACAAAAUACAAGUUGUGACUAAAAGUUUACUAUUCUCACAUUUAAAGUACACUUAAACGUAUACUUUUCUAAGCUAAAAAGUGGACCAAUUUAGUCCCAAGAAGUAUUGAAAUACACUUAAAAGUAUACUACUAUACUAUACUAUACUAUACUACUAUUAGUAUACUUAAUACAUAAAGUAUACUUGGGAAUGAACUUAACUUAGUUUUAUUUUUAUAAAACACUCUUUAAGUCUACUACUUUUUCAUAAGGGUGUACCCAAAUGUUAGCAAAAUAAUAUGAAAUUAAUCAUUUAAGUUGGUAAAAGUGCUGUCAGGUGUGAGCUCGAUAUAAGAUAUAUAUUUACCUUUUUUAUUUGAGCCACUGAUCAUUUAUUACAUCAGAGAAGGUGUCAUAUUUAUUAGUCUUUUUACAGAACCGUGGUGUAAAUGUUGAAUCACAGAGGUGCUGGUCUGUGUUGCCUUUAGACAUUUUGCUUCCAGUUUUAAAUAAAUGAAGUUUAAAACCUGUUUUGAUACCUUUAUUACGUCGUAUGUUCUUACAUCCAAACAGUUGCCUCUUUCUGUGAUUCAUGAUCAGACUUACAGACGUUUGUUUCUCUGCAAUAACUAUGAAGUUGUAAAACCCGUCUUACUGAUCUUCAGAUUCAUUUUUUUUAACCACUGCCAAUAAUCGUUUCUUUGUAAUAUAGAACUAAUGCCAACCAAUCGUACGGUGAAGUGUAUUUCUUUUAGCUAUAAGGCCGAAAUUUGUAUAGUUUUGCCAUUUUUGUAUUCUCAAGAUUAAAACAAGAUGUGAACAUAA